UUCAGGCGAAGGAAUAAUACUCUUAAUUUAAUUCAAAUUUUGUAACCAUGAAUGAAUACGACGUUUGUGACCAUACACAGCAGCUAUGUAUUUGUGAGGAUGACUACGCGAUAGCGGAAUUAGUUUCAGAUCAUGUGCUAGAAAAUAUAUUUUCUUAUUUAAACUUAAAAGACGUAAGGAAUUGUUCUUUGGUAUGUAAAAGUUGGAAUAGAAUAUUAAAUGAUGAAAACAAUGAUGUCUGGAGGCUACAGUGCAUGAAAAGGUUGGCGGAAGAAAUAUUGAAAUCAGAUUUACUUUCAACUCUGACUACAUACAAAGCCAAGUUGCGAGCCUUCUUCCAUGCAUGGAACCCAUACGACUGUUCAAGAAAUAUUUAUGUUAAACCUAAUGGAUUCACUCUUCACAGGAAUCCAGUUGCACAAAGCACAGAUGCAUGUCGUGGUAAAAUAGGUUUCCAUCAUGGUCGCCAUGCUUGGGAAGUGAUUUGGGAAGGUCCACUAGGCACUGUUGCUGUUGUUGGUAUUUCCACCAAAGAAGCUCCCUUGCAAUGCCAAGGUUAUGUUGGAUUGUUGGGCUCUGACGAUCAAAGUUGGGGAUGGAACUUAGUAGAUAAUCAUCUACUGCAUAAUGGGGACACACAAGGGCUUUACCCUCUACUUAACAAUUGCCCUAAAUAUCAAGUUGGUGAACGUAUCAGAGUGAUAUUGGAUUGUGAAGAUAACACUUUGUCAUUCGAAAGAAAUUAUGAGUUUUUGGGUGUUGCAUUUCGAGGACUUCCAAAUAAGAAACUUUACCCUACCGUAUCAGCUGUAUAUGGUAACACUGAGGUCUCCAUGGUAUAUCUGGGCCCACCUCUAGAUGGUUAAAAUAUUCACCUAGGACUCUGGGACAAAUGCAAUCUUUUUAUUCUUCACUUUAGGACAACUUUAAUAUGUCUGCAAAAACAGUUAUUAUGUGAUAUAAAGAUUACCUGUGUACUGUUACCAGGGAAGGUAGGUUAUUAUUAUUUAUUAUUAUUUGAAAAUUGUGAGGGUCGGACUGAAAAACAGCCCGAGAGAUCACUGCGACCCUGACAGAUCUAUUGUGACCUAAAUCCCUACAUUUAAAAAUCCUCUCCGAUCCGUUCGAAGAGAUCCAACAUCUUUUUGGGAGAAAGCUCCAUGACUACCUGGGGGUCCAUUAUGUGGCCCCCAAGUGUACGGCUUCUACUAUUGGGUAUUGCUCCUGAUUCCUGCAGACACCUGCUAAUGUUAUUUUGGGUUAUACCUGUUAUUUUCCGAAAGGUACAGUUUGUAGACUGCUAUUUAAUUAAUUUUGAAAUGAAUGAAUGGGCCAAUAUACAAUUUUGAGAGGAUUGUUUAAACUUCUGCUUUAAAUUGAUGUGUGUUCCAUUUAUUUUUUGUCUGUGGAUUACCUGUCCCUUUCCUUAACGGCGCAGAAGAAAAUGACAGGUAUAACUUAAAAUUGGAUGGUGUUUACUGGAGCAGCACCAUUAUCUUCACUUUAACUAGUUAUGUCAUUCAGAAACUUACAGAACAAAUAAUUUAGUGCAUCUGAACCUUCUGACUAAUGCACUGAAGACCUAAAAGAAAAUGAAUAUAAAACAAAUGUGCUAACUAUGAUAUACCUAUAGCUACAUAUUUUGUAUCGAUAAUAAAUCAAAGUCUUAAGACCCCCAGAAACAAUUUGAACUUAUUCUUUGAUACCGAAACAACUACAUGUACCUAAUCUCAUGAAAUGAUCCCUUGCCGCAUUAAAUCAUAGUCUACUGUUCUUUACAGUCCUACAUACAUUACCAAGACUACGAGUCUGUUAGCAUAUAAUUGUAGUAGGUAUUACCUAAAGAUAAACAAGGUCGGAUUUAUAAUGAUUGCGUGCGUUAUCUAAUAUCGUCCAUGACCUCGUUUAACAAAUAUGUAUCUAAUAGGAUUCUAUGCACACCGACUAGCACAACCCGUAAAUUCUAUACUAAAAUUUAACUCUUACGGUGUGCAGCCUAAUGCGUAAGUGCGAGCGAGGCAGAUUGUCCGCAUGCUCCCCCUCACUCCUUAGCUGCUUACGGUCAUUUAAGACUAAAGUGCGAUUUGGAGCAAGGCGGAGUUGGAUACCGUACUGUAUACGUAGUAUUAUUCUUUGUUCUAUGAUCUUCGAACACCGGAAGUCAACAGCCACUACUUGUCACUGGUUCUAGUAUAGAAUGGAGAAUCCUUUAGAAAACAAGGUAUUAGCGACUUCAUACUUCCUUUAAAUUUUUAAUUUAUGAACUUCCACUGCUGCCCACGUAUUCAAAUUCAAUAGUACCUAUCUACUUAUCGAUUUUGUUUUUCAAGGUCAACUAUUGAUAGUUUUGCGGCACUACUAGAUACAUGUAUCUAAUACGUACAAUCGUGAUGAAUUAAGUGUUUUCUAAAUCUUGAUGUUUAAAUUGUAGAUUUAGGUGCGAUAAAUAAUCCUAUUUAACUUAUAAAAGUUUCAUGUAAUUACCUAUAAGUAUUUAAGUAAAGUUUUAACGGCUGCGGGUAUGUAGAUACAUACUUACUUACUCGUAGCUGUUGUAUUAUUUGUGAUAUCGUAAAAAUGGGAAAUAAGGUAUAAUAUAAAAUGCGUUUAUAACU